AUCAUUACCACAUCUUGCUGUCCCAUUUGUUAGCAAACAACUAGCUAGCUAGUUAGCUAGCUUUUAUUACAAUGUCCCAGUCGACCGUUCGCACACGUGGCAUUUGUAGUCAGCUGAGCCGUUAUGAAAACUAAUAUUUUGUGUUUUAAUGCAGUGUAAUUCAGCGUGAGGGAUAGGCGCCGCCCAUCUGUAGAGGUAAACAAAGUGUAUCUUCGUCAUUCACCGAGCAUAAUCAAGCUCGGACACAGCAGCCAUCAUCUGUCGUCGUCAGUAAAUGGAAAUACUUAUUAAUUAGCUAUGAAUUGCCGCUCAGAGGUUCUUGAAGUAACAGUGGAGGCGAGGCAGGUGGAAGAAGCUAUGCUGGCUUUGCUGCACACCAUUUUACUGCAUCGCAGCUCCGGGAAGUUUCACUACAAAAAGGAGGGCACCUACUCCAUAGGUACCGUGGGCACACUUGACAUCGACUGCGACUUCAUCGACUUCACCUUCGUCAGAGUGUCCUCCGAAGAGCUGGACAGAGUGAUCAGUAAAGCUGUGUCUGAGUUUAAGGACGCUUUGAGCAACACUGGCAGCGAUGGCAUGGGGCAAAUCUCCCUGGAGUUUUACCAGAAGAAGAAGUCUCGCUGGCCUUUUUCUGACGAAUGUAUUCCCUGGGAAGUGUGGAGCAUCAAGGUCAACGUUGUCAACCUGGCCAAUGAACAGGAGAGGCAGAUCUGCAGGGAGAAAGUGGGAGAGAAGCUUGGCGAGAAGGUGAUCAAUGUUGUCGAGGUCAUAAACCGACAUGAAUACCUGCCAAAGAUGCCCACCCAGUCUGAAGUGGACAAUGUUUUCGACACCAGUCUCAAAGAUGUCCAGCCGUAUCUUUAUAAAAUCACCUACCAGAUCACAGACUGUCUGGGCACCUCCGUCAGCACUACAGUGAGAAGGCUUCUCAAAGACACCCUGUCACUGUGAGGAGGCUCCAAGACACAGAGAAGAAACAUCUGGAUGAUUCUAUCCAGAACUGUAUAUACAGUUAUGCCUGCAACUCUUUUUAUGACCAAAAACACGAUUUAAAAGCUCUACUGCUGCUACAAUAAAGUAGUGUCAGUGUAACCUGCUAAUCUUAUACCUUCUGAUGUCUCUGCUGUGGUUUCAGUAUAGCUUAUACCUUUUUAGGCAUUUUGAUUAUGUAUUGUCGAUUUGAAAAACAUAUUUGGAUUUUUGAAAGCUUUCCAAAGUACCUGACAACAUCUAUAAAAGCAACUUUAACACAGUAGCAAAUGAGUCUAACUAUCAAUUGAAUUCUUAUUUUCUUCGAGUUGUGUUGUUGAUGCCAAUCUGUAAAUUAUUGUUAAUCUUUCAAAAUAAAUGUUGUUCAUUGUA